AUGGCGGGGGUAAGCGGCUGCAUGAAGUAUUCCAUGUUCAUCUUCAACUUCUUAUUUUGGGUGUGUGGUUCCAUUAUUUUGGGAGUCUCUAUAUGGAUACGUGUUAGCAAAGAUGCUCAGCAGGAGCUGGAGAUAGACAGCAGCCUGUUUGCAGGGGUUGAUCUGCUGAUAGCCGUGGGCUCCAUCAUUAUGGUCCUUGGGUUUCUGGGCUGCUGUGGUGCCAUAAAGGAGAGCCGGUGCAUGCUGCUGUUGUUUUUUAUUGGACUGCUUCUGAUCCUGAUCCUUCAGGUCACAGGAGGUAUUUUAGGAGCAGUGUACAGAUCUCAGAUUGAAACAUCCCUUAACAAGACGCUCCUGGAGAAUGUGAAUUCAUUGCAAAACACUACAGAAGAAGCUAAAGUGUUUCAAGAGAAGUUCCAGAAGUUUGAGAGAAUGCACCAGUGCUGCGGUUUGCUGAAUGGACCUUCAGACUGGGGAAAAAAUUUUAAUACUGAUUUUGGUGGCCAUAAAGCCUGUGAGUGUGAACCAAAGGACCAACAAUCAAACCUCUGCAUGACUUUUGGAGGCAGACCUGUUUAUAAAACGCCUUGCAAAGAAGUGAUUAUGGAAUUCCUUAAAGACCAUCUGCUCAUAAUUAUGGGGAUUGCCUUCGGACUGGCCGUUAUUGAGAUUCUUGGUUUGGGGUUUUCUAUGAGCCUCUACUGCCAGAUCCAGAGAAAAUGA